CGGCACGAUGGACGGGGGCACACGCAGGAAGAACGCCACGCGGGAGACCACCAGCACGCUCAAGGCCUGGCUGCAGGAGCACCGCAAGAACCCCUACCCCACCAAGGGCGAGAAGAUCAUGCUGGCCAUCAUCACCAAGAUGACCCUCACGCAGGUCUCCACCUGGUUCGCCAACGCCCGGCGCCGGCUCAAGAAGGAGAACAAGAUGACCUGGGCCCCCCGCAACAAGAGCGAGGACGAGGACGAGGAGGAGGGUGACGCGGGGCGGAGCAAGGGGGGCAGCCCGGGCAAGGGGCCCGAGGGCCACGAGACCUCGGCGGAGGACGAAGGCAAAAUCACUCCUGUAGGCGAGUUUAGCUGCGCUGUGCUUGUUUGGACGAUCAAUAGCAGCACCUCCAAGGACAGACAACUCUGCCGGCGGUCCUCACAGCGAUGAGCCCAAUAUUGAAGCUGGACAGGAAUAAAAUAUCCCACUGAAGUCUGCACAGUAGGAGCACAACCAUACCUAUAGAAGUGCAAUCACACAGCAAUGCAAGUAAGUGAGAACAUUUUCUAUUACACUGAUCAUUUGGCAUCAAGUCCAAGACAUAUUGCACAGCUGUAAACUUGCUUAACAUUAAUUUCUUGCUUCAUUACAUAAGAGUCUGAUUACAUAGUAAUAUGCUCUUUUCUGGUCUUUUUUUUUAAACCCCCCUGAUUAUGGCUUUUCUUUCCUGAGUCUGUGCUCUUUUGUAGGCCAGUGUAGAGGAUUCCUAUCGCUUUUAUGUGCCCGGUUUGUUAAAACAAUACAUUACCGACGAUUUAAAUUUCAUGGAGAUAGCUUUCAAUCUAUUUCUUUCUCAAUAAAUCACUCUUUCAAACAGUAAGGUGGCUGUGUGAAGAUAAUAUCGUCAAAAUGGUACAUUAUGGACCGAGUUUCACACGGUGAUUACAAAUUUUAAACAAACAAGGACAAUGCUAAUUUCCAGCGUGCAUUUCCAGCUGGGCAUGAAUUGUCUUUUGCCCAGUAACAACGCCCCUCCUCCUCCCACCCCCUUUCUCUGUUUAAGGUUAAACAAAAUGUUGUCGAUCUUUUAAAAGUAGUAUUUUUUUCCGAGAAGAAAAUAGAAGAGUAAGCAUUUUAGUUCACCUCCUUUUUUUUCCUUUUUCUUUAAAAAAAAAAAA